UAAGUAGACAAUCGGGAAUCUACAAACAUUAUAAGCAGCACAACAAUAGAUAAUUGCGAAAUAUGAUUCUCUCAAAAUAUAAUCUUUACUUGUGGGCUUUUCUCUUAACAUUCUACUUUGCGAUUAUAUCACAUGCAAAAGGAGUCACAUGUCCGUCGUGUAUGCACGCAUUACUUAUGACGCACAAUUUACCAAGUGAGCAAAAGUAUGAGAUGUACAAAAUCAUGCUGCCAGUGCUGAAGUUGUCUGAUGACAAAUGUGAAAGCGGCAAUACUGUUCCCAAAGUCUGCAAGACAACACAGAUUACUAGCUUGAUUGUUCACAAAUGCCAAACAAAGAACUUUACUUUGAAAGCCUUUGGUAUGAAAAAUAUGUUUCCAGAUGCUGAUCUGGAAGUGCGUGUCAUGAUGAGAGAAUGUGUUUCUGAACUGUCCGGCAAUGCCUUCAUGUGUACAAAACUAGGCGUUGUAGAUUACACACUGCCCAAAGAGAUAAGAAUACCUCUCAAUCAGCUGGAAGCACUGUGGCAAAAUGUCACAUACACCGGAGAUUUGUGUAGAUACAGUGGUUAAAUAUUGUAAUAUUAUUUCAGAAAUAAAAUCUGUAAAAGCUU